UUGUUAGGGUUUUGAGUUCCCUCCCAAACUAAUGAUGGCUUUUUCUCUCACUCACACCCAAAUCAACUUCAACAUUUUUCACACACACAACAACCUCCUUCUACGUAAAUCCCUCAAAACUUUAGCAUCAAUGUCACAGAGUAAAUCCAAAAGACCCAUUUGCCCUUCAUGUUCCAAACCCACCCGAACCUGUCUCUGCUCUCGAAUCCUCACUCCUCCUAUCCCUAAUUCCGUCCAUGUAACCAUUCUUCAGCACUCUCUAGAAUGCAACCACCCUCUUAAUUCUACUAGAAUCGCCAAAUUGGAACUCAACAAUCUCACAAUUGCCACUGUUUCUGAUGUUAACUUUCAAUCUCGAUUCCUAAUUCAACUUUUAGAUUCAAAUUCUAAUUCUGUUGGAAAUGUGUCCAAGGGUUUGUUUUCUCAUGAAAUUGAAGAUGCCCAUGAUUUGUUUGGUGAUAAAAAUUCAAACUUGAUUGAUGAUGUAGUGGUGAAUGAUGAAGUUAAGAAAAUCCCAAUUCAUCCAAAUUGUGAUGAUAAAGAGCCUGCAAUUACUGUUACCAUUGGCAAAUAUGGUAAAAUUACGUCUCUGUCUCAUAAUUGGAUACAGCAAUGUGAGUCUAAUGAGUUAAGCUUUGACAAGAUUUUGUCUUGUGGUGAAGCAUGUGAAGAACUCUCAAAAGGGUUUGUGGUGAAGAAGUUGCAAAAGAAGCAAUUGAAUAGGGAAGAAAGUGUGGAAGAAUAUGAGGAAUUUGAGCUUGAGGUUUGUUCUGGAUCAGUGCUACUUUUUCCUUCUGAUGAUGCUGUUAGUGUUGGUGACUUGGAUGCUGUUGGUUUUGAGGUGAAGAACUUGAUUGUUCUUGAUGGAACAUGGGCUAAGGCUAAGAGGAUUUAUAGUGAAAAUCCUUGGCUGAAUGUAUUGCCGCAUUUGAAGUUGGAAGUGAAUGAGACGAGUUUAUAUGGCGAUGUGAGGAAUCAGCCUAAGGCUGGUUAUUUGUCUACAAUUGAGAGCAUUGUGUUUGCUUUGAAGGCAAUUGGGGAGGAUUACAAGGGUUUGGAUAAUCUCUUGGAUACUUUUGAGUCUAUGGUUGGAGAUCAAAGGCGGUGUAAAGACGAGAGAUUGAGCAAAGUCUUACCUAGUUGAGGAGGCCUUUGAUUUCUUCUUUUGAUUGAAGUUGGACAUUUUGAAGAAGUUGCUGAAAUCCAAAUCGAAACAAUUUUCAAUAUAUUUGAUUAUUAACAGCAACCAACCAAGAGACAGUGCAAGCAUCAAGCUGGAACUUUAAACAUUACAGAAACCUCACACAGACAGAGAGAGAGACAGUAUCAGAGCGAUCCAACCGCAUGAUGAUGUAAAAAGAGUUGACUGUUAAUGUGUUAAAACAAAAUCUUGAAAAGAAGAGGAAGAGAAGAGAUUUUACAAGAUGGGAUUUGCAAGACACAGAUUUCUAUUAGAACUCAGUUUUCUUCACAUCUCUAUAGAUUUGUUAUGAUACCAUAAAUGUAAUUGAAUUCUCUAAACAUGAUUUCAUUUGUUGAUUGUACUUCAAGACAGAAAUAAGCCUUUCACUUGAUAAUCAACUUU